AUGGUCGAACUCGCCGCCGACAUUGCUGCUGCUUACGAUGAUGUCCGUGAUGACAAGACUGCAACCAACUGGAUCUGCGUCCAAUACAAGGACGACAAGUCCGAUUCUCUCAUCCUUGCCGGCCAAGGUACUGGUGGUCUAGAAGAAUUCACUGCCCAACUAAAAGAAGACCAAGCUGCCUUUGGUUACCUGAGGAUUGUCGUUGGUAACGACCCAUUGUCGCAACGUGCCAAAUUCCUAUUGGUCUCAUGGUGCGGUCCCAAAGUCAAGGUCAUGAGAAAGGCCAAACUCUCAGUCCACAUCGCUGAUGUAAAGACUGUCUUCAAGUCAUUCGCUGUUGAAAUCUCGGCUUCUGGUCUUGAAGACUUGCGCGAAAAAGAUGUCCAGUUGCUCCUAAAGAAGGCAAUGGGUGCCAACUACGAUCGCCAGAGCUCUGCAUAUUAG